AUGGAGAUGAAUACAGCAUCGACCGAAGACUAUAACGUUUUUGCUAUUGUCCUGUUCUGUAUUUUGGUGUGCAUUACCAUUAGACAUGCAAACGACUUCUAUCAUGGAGAAUCAGUAACUCUGGUACCGGAAGGGAUUGAGCCAGCCAGAUUUCGGCGUGAUGUGAAGAAGAACUACCUGACAAGAAUCGAAAAAGAUUUUCAAGAAAUGUUCGAUGUAAUGGGAGCUGAUUACACAAAAGAGAAAGAUUUAAUAAGCUUAGAACAUACAUGGUGUUGUUAA